AUGGCAGAAAACAGCAAAUUUGCCUUGCCUGUAAGCAGUGAGGAUAAUAUGGAUGUCCUGUCUAUCAUCUAUAGAUUUUUUAAAAAGGUAUCAAUUGUUGGUGUUGUGUACUUAGUGGGUUAUAUGCAAUGGAGCGUUGCAUGGCUCAUUGGACCCGUCGUCUUAUCCGUCCUGCGUGACCAGUGGCGAAAAGAGAAUGAAUACCGUAGAAAUUUGGCCAAGGCCGCCGCAGUCUCUUCUGAAAAAGACAUUAUUCUGGCAAGACUUGAUGACCUUCCCGCUUGGGUUUUCUUUCCUGACAUUGAACGUGCAGAAUGGCUAAACAGGAUACUGUUACAAGUUUGGCCCAACGUGAAUCAUUACGCCAAAACCAUAUUAAAGGAGUCGAUCGAGCCAGCAGUUGCAGAAAGUCUGGCCAAUUAUAAACUCAAUGGGUUUAAAUUUGAACGAGUGAUACUUGGCACAAUUGCACCUCGUGUCGGUGGCGUGAAGGUAUAUGAUAAGAACCUGUCAAGGGAUGAAAUCAUUAUGGAUGUUGACUUGUUUUAUGCCGGUGAUUGUGACAUUUCAUUUGUGUUGCAACGUAUCCGUGGUGGAAUAAAAGAUCUACAGAUUCAUGGUAUGGCACGUAUAGUGAUGAAGCCUUUAAUCACCAAGUUGCCUUUAGUGGGAGGACUACAAGUAUUUUUUCUAAACAAUCCCUCCAUUGACUUCAACUUAGUCGGCGCUGCGGAUGUAUUGGACAUGCCUGGUUUCAGCGAUGUUUUGCGUCGGUGUAUUGUCGAGCAGGUUGCGAGGAUAAUGGUAUUACCAAACAAAUUGCCAAUAAAAUUGAGUGAUGAGGUACCGACUGUUGAUCUACGUAUGCCAGAACCCGAGGGUGUACUUCGUAUUCAUCUCGUCCAAGCCCAGAAUUUAAUGAAGAAAGAUGUAUCAAUGAUAGGGAAGGGUAAGUCAGAUCCGUACGCUAUCAUAACAGUGGGUGCGCUGCAGUGGAAAACAAAACACAUCGAUAAUGAUGUUAAUCCUCGCUGGAACUACUGGUGCGAGGCAAUUUUAAGCUCAAGGAAGAGCCAGGUGCUGCAGUGCGAGUUGUGGGACUGGGAUCCAGGAAUGGGAAUACGGAACGAUGAUUUUCUCGGCAGGUGUUCCUUAGAUAUUUCUCAAGUAGUUCGAGCUGGUCGAUUGGAUACGUGGCAAACACUUCAGGAAGCUAAACACGGAAAGGUGCACCUCCGCCUUUCCUGGCACAGAUUGUCAACUGACUUGGCCGAUCUGAGCCACGCUCUAACUGAAACGCAGUUGAUUAAGACUGGCGACUUAAGCUCUGCUGUCUUAUGUGUGUACAUCGACUCUUGUAAGAAGUUACCAAAUGCAAGGCAUCAAUCGCGCCCGGACCCGUACCUGGCUAUAACUGUUGGCAAGAAGACUGAGAAUUCUGCAGUGCAGAUGCGUACUGACGACCCAGUGUAUGAAAUCGGAUAUUCAUUUCUCGUACAAAACCCGGAAAUCGACGUCUUGGAAAUUAAGGUCUUGGAUCAAAAAACUAAAAGCAUUUUGGGACAGUUAAGUUUCGCCAUUAAAGCCUUAUUGAAGCAAAAAGAUCUGUGUAUGUUAACACAACCGCUUACAUUGCAAAAAUCUGGCCCCGAAUCUAAAAUUAUUAUGGCUCUACAGUUAAAGAUCUUGAAAGAGGCUGUAAAAGAGGAAGACAUUGAGGAAGACGAAGAAUCACUGGCACCAGCGACGGACCUCGACCCCGCGCCGGCGGCCGCGCCCCCGCCCACGCCCGGCGCCCCGGACUCCGUGGAUGUCCCACAAUUACCACUGGCUCCAAACGCGGAAUUAGAAAUGCUGGAAGAUCAUGUACAAGAUAUUGCCGCACAAAAGUCUAUACAAUUGGAUCAGACGAAGAAACCAGUUGAUGUCCCUCAAGAACAAGUGCCUUCCGAACGUGAUUCGCCUAAAUUGGUACAUCGCACUUCCUCUAUAACCACGUCGGCCGGGGAAGCCGGGCUUGGACGUAUUUUGUUAUCUCUACGAUACAGCAUGCAAAAUCAGACUUUGUAUGUAGUCGUACAUAAAAUUAUGAACAUACCUCUUAAGGACCCAAACAAUGUGCCUGACCCAUAUGUGAAACUGUACUUAUUGCCUGGACGCUCCAAGGACUCUAAACGUAAGACUGUGGUGGUAAAAGACAAUUGUAUGCCAGAAUAUGAUGAACAAUUCGAAUGGGUCAUACCUCAUGCGGAAUUGCACUCUAGGCAAGUUGAAGUCACUGUGGCCACUCAUAAAGGAUUCCUUGGAAGCAGUCCUAUAAUUGGACAGGUGAUUGUACAUCUGAAUCAAUACGACUUCCUUGAAGCGAAAACUUUGUGGUUUGAUCUCAUGCCUGAGUUAACUUCGAUUUAA